GAGACAGUGGAGCUAAGAGGUGCCAUAGGGUGUGUCUUCUUUCCCUCAAUACCAUGUCGGCCUCAAAAAGCAAGUCCAAGACGACGAAAGUCACCGAAACACGUUCUUCGACUUCCAUGUCGUCAGCUGCAUCUUCUUCUGCGACCCACGAGUUGGGAAGCCCGAGAAAAAGCCGGGUUACGACUUCGUCCAGAUCGAGUGGAGCGUUCGUGAGAUCGGGAAGUCCAUUGUCUCCCACUCGACUCUCAAGGAUCGAGGAGAAGGAACAACUGGUUUCCCUCAACGAUCGCCUUGCGGCUUACAUCGAUUGGAACAGGAAUCUGAAGAAUGAAAACCAAACUCUAAGAGUUCAAGUAGAAACUUCAGAGGAGAGGUUCAGUCGAGAAGUGACCAGACUCCGAGAUCUCUAUGACUCGGAGUUGAGCGACGCCAGAAGAGUCCUGGACGACAUUUCCAAAGAUAAAGCAGAGCUUCAGAUUCAAAACGAUACUCUCAGGACUGAAAAUAAUGAAUUAAGAGAGGAAUUGGAUCACAAGACUCGAGACUUGGCAGCAAAGGAAAGAGCUUUAAAUACAGCUGAAGCAAGAGCGGCCGAUUCGAGCAAUCGAGCCAAUCAGGCUAUUGCUGAACGAAAGAAGGCUGUUGAUGAUUUGAAGGCAGCAGAAGCUGAACUAGACAAGUUGAGGAAGCAGAAUGUUGAGGCCAAGAAGCAGCUCGAAACAGAGACCCUCCGCCGUGUGGACCUGGAGAACCGACUGCAGACACUCAGGGAGGAAUUGGACUUUGCCAAGCAGGUCCACACACAGGAGGUGUCAGAGUUGAGAACCAGCAAGCAAGUUGAAAUUUCGGAAGUGGACAGUCGACUCCAGCGGGAGUAUGAAGACAAACUCCAGGACAUUUUGACUGAGCUCCGUCAAGAGCAGCAGUAUCAGCUUGAAGAAAGUCGUGCUGACAUCGAAGGACUUUACAAGAGAAAGCUGGAUGACCUGCAGAACCAUUAUGCAAGAGCUUCUGAGGCUAGUGCAACAAAAGAUGAAGAACUUCGUUCAUCACGGAUCCAUAUAGACAAUUUGACAUCCCGUGUCUCUGGUCUAGAGGAUACCAUCAAUACGUUGAAUAAACGAAUCAGAGAUCUGGAGAAAGCUCUCAGAGAUGAACAAGACACUUAUGCCAAAGCCUUGGCUGACAAGGACAAUGAGUUAACUGCCAUGCACAACCAAAUGAGUGCCACACUUCAUGAUUACCAUGACAUUCUUGACACAAAGAUCUCACUUGAAGCUGAACUUCGCAAUUACCGUGCCAUGCUGGAAGCAGAAGAAACUAGGUAUUGCUUGAUCGUUCUGUGGUUGGACCUGAAGAGUCCCGAGGGAAACAAGCAAUCAAGUAGACGAAGCUCUGUCACCCCAGCUCAGGCUCGCCCAGCCAAGCGAGCAAGGCGAGUGCUCCAGAAAGCUUCACAGUUUGAUUAUACCAUCAAAUCCUCUGCCAAGAGUGAUGUUCAUAUCACUGAAGUCAAUGUUGAUGGCAACUACAUUGAGUUAUCAAAUAAGGGGCAAGGGGACAUCGGGAUUGGAGGUUGGGUGCUGACCCACUCCACCCAAGAAGGAGAUGGGGAUCAUGAGACAAGUUACAAGUUUCAUCAUAGUCUGGUGCUGAAGGCAGGGGCAUCAGUGAAGGUGUGGAGUGCAAAUGCUGGUGCCACACAUUCACCACCUGAGACACUGGUGAUGAAGGGAGAGCGUUGGUUCAUUGGGGACACCAUGCGAACCUCUCUCAUCAACACACAGCAGGAUGAGGUGGCAGAACGGGAGGCACAGAAGGAACGUCAGUAUUCCACCUAUGAGACUGAGAGUGUGGGAGAGCAUCUGCAUCAUCAAACUGGUGAUCCUCGUCGUCCAGAGGGCUGCUUGAUCAUGUGAGAUGUGAAUGUCAAUGGACUACAAUUGCACUCACUAUUCUGAUGAGUUUGUUCACACCCUUUGUCACUGGACAUCAAUUACACAAGACAAGGACUGUCUUUAUUUGUAAGAUAUUUUGCAGACCGCAGAAGAUGCCUUUGCAUGGUUAGAUGUUUUGGUACGGCUGUUUUUGUGCCUUUAUAUAAUAAGAUAUUUUGGUGAGACUUUUUUUGUGCCUUUGUAUGGCUUUUUUUUUCUGCCUUGAGUACUUCCAUCUGUUUACCUCAUGCAUGAAAACUUCUGUUUGACAACUAGCAAUCUUUUGUUCUUAGAGCUGCACUUUGCCAUCUGUUGUUCAAUCACAUUUGAAAUGAGUUAAUCACAUUAGAGAAAUUGAACGCUUGAAUAGCCUGAGGUCUCAUGAGUUUUUGAAUAAAAAGCAG